AUGAAAAAAGAAAAAUCUGGGAAGAGUUCUUCAGAUUUGAAAGAUAAAGAGCCACAAGUGAAAAAGGAAGCAAAACUAGCAUCAUCUGACAAAGGCCAAACACGCAAACAGAAUAUCACCAGACCAGAGCAAGUUAUUCCUCAUGGUAAACCAGAAAAAGCUGAACACCAAGAAAAAGGCCACCCAUCUUUAAAAAAAGAUAAGCCUAAACCAUCUUCAAAGGGAGCACCAGAAGUUCCAGACUCAGGGAAGAAGAAGAUUGAAAAAUCUGAAAAGGAAAGUAAAGUUCCAAUAAGACAAGAAAAUCUUCAGGUGUACAAUGUGACUAAAGCAGAAAAACCUGGAAAAAUACCAAAAGAUUCCAAAGAAGCACCAGCUUCAAAGAAAGACAAAGAUUAA